CCUCUUGCGAAGAGAGUACAGCUGGCCAUAGACAUGGUUACACAUGCUCCUGGUUGUUUACAGCAUGUUCGAGAGAGUAUCUUCAAAAUUAAUUCAUUAUCACCGCAAAAAAAUUAAGCUUUGACAGAUUUAUAUAAAAUAACAAUGAUACCAGCGUUUGUUUCCCCCUCAGUCGGAUCUUUCAGCGUAACGAUAGCGAAUGUUAGCUUAGCAUAACUAAGUUACUUUUAGCACAAGCGCAGUGAGUAUGGAAAUGGACGGUUUGGACUUUUUGAACAGUCCUCCCUUGAAGACUGUCAGGUUUGGAGGCAGUGUUGUUGAAACGUUAACUAAAUAUAGACAGGGGGACUCGAGUGAUUAUGAACUGCUGAAGCAUCAGUUGGCUGAUCCUGAGAUAAAGGAUGCUCAGAUCAUCAGCUGGCUGCAAGAAUUUCGCAGCUGUGUGACUCAGCUGAACAAGGACCACGAACAGCUCAUCUAUACUGUCUUGAGGCUUCCAUGGGUGAGUCGGAGCCAGGCUGUGGUGGAGGAAUACAUGACCUUCCUCAGUAACCUGGUCUCAGCGCAGACUGUCUACUUGUGUUCCUGCCUCAAAAUGGUGGUCUCGCAUUUCACUCCUAAGAGAGUGACCAUCUGUGAAGGAGGAGUGGAUAUCUCAGAUUCAGAUGAUGAAGAUGAUAAUCUCCCCAGGAACUUUGAUAGGUGUCACCAGGCAUUGCAGCUUAUCACCAGAUACGUUCCAGCCACAAGUCGCUUCCUGAUGCCCAUUGUGCAAGAGAACUUCCCCUUUGUACAGAAAUCCUCCAGAACCCUGGAGUGUUAUGUCCAUAACCUCUUGAGGAUGACGGUGUACAUACCGUCCAUUCGACGAGAUGUACUGGAGGUGAUCAUUGGAAAAAUGCUCAAACUGGAUGUGAGUGCAUCCCGGUCAGACAUUGAGGAGGCAGAGGACAACGCGGUGCAGAGCCAGAGGACGGAGGAGCAGACUGAGGAGGGGCUCUUUGACAUGGAUGAGGAUGUGGCAGCAGAUCAGCCCCCCAACACGACUGUCAUGGCCCAUCCAGUGGCUGAGAGGCUGGACACUCUCAUGGCUGUGAUGAUGUCUUACAUCAAGGACGUCUGCCAUGUCAACGGCUCUGUUCAUGUGGAGAGGACUAAGGAACUGUACAAAGAUUUAUUGAGUGUGUUUGACAAACUCAUUCUGCCAACGCACGGUUCUGGUCACGUGCAGUACAUGCACUUUUACCUCUGCAGCUUCAGACUGGCCCUGGCAGAGGCCUUCCUGGAUCACCUGUGGAAGAUUCUGCAGAGCCCCUCUCAGCCUGCUGUCCUCCGCCAGGCUGCUGCUGGAUUCAUGGGAAGCUUCCUAGCCCGAGCCAAGUUCGUCCCUUUGCCCACUGUGCGGGCCUGCCUGGACCUGCUGCUCUCCUGGAUCCAUCGCUACAUCGACAGCCAGGACAGCAGUGGCAGGCAGGCUUGCUGUGACAUCAGCCUGCAUGGGUCCUUCUACUCUGCCUGCCAGGCUGUCUUCUACACACUCAUCUUCAGACACAGAGGCAUGCUGGAGGGCAACAUGAAGAAAGGUCUGGAGUACCUGCAGAGUCUGAACCUGGAGCGGGUGGUGAUGUGUCAGCUGAACCCUCUCAAAGUUUGCCUGCCUUUAGUCACCAACAUGUUUGCUGCCAUCACCAGGAAGUAUCAGGUGGUGUUCUGCUACAGCAUCAUAGAGAGGAACAACCGCCACAUGCUGCCUGUGGUCCGAAGCUCUGCCGGAGGAGACAGUGUGACCACCAAUACCAACCCUCUGGACAGCUUCUUCCCCUUUGACCCUUACCUGCUCAAGAGUUCUGGUCAGCUGAUUGAGCCACUGUACCAGGUCUGGGAGGAACUGGCAGACUCCGAACUGCUUCCUGCAAAAAUUGCCCAAAAGGGCUCUAGGGAGGACGAGGAUGACUUCCUUUGUGGGGAGAUACCCCAGUCAGAGGGCAUUGUGGGAAUGACUCCCAGCUCCUACGAUUCAAACCUCCGCAGUCCGAGCAGCGUAGGCUCACCCCCUUUCUCCUACCAGAAACCCUUUUAGUCUCUCAUCAUGGGCCGUGACGAGCGAGAACUCCCUGCUCUGAAUCCAGAGGAUCCCUCACAUACACCAAGAGUUGGACAUGUACUCCACAGAACAGAUGUUAUGUUUAAUUCAUUCAUUCAAGGAUUCAAACACAAAGUUAAAAAAAAGUAAGAGACUAAACUUUAUACAGGAAUACUCCUCCAUGUUAAUAAUGUUACACUUAAAGUCUUAUCCUGACCUUUUCACAUCAUUGACUUCAGUAAAAGGCCACUUGGCAGAUGCAAAAAGCAGUCCGUAAGAGAGCAGUGAGCUCCUGGUGAUCAAUUUAUAUUUUUAUUAUUAUAUUUAUGGAACUCAUUACUGUAGCCUGGUGCAGACUACACAACUUUACUAUAAAGAUGUCUGUGAUCUGAGACAAAAAUCCACAAAUCUGAAUAGAACAUGCCCUUGGCCAAUCACAACGAGUCCUCUACUUUGUGAGGUGCAGCAAAUGCUACAACACGUUUGAUUGUUUUGCAGACUGCAAGAGUCUGGCUUAAAACUACUGCUGCCACUACUGUUAGUGAGUGAGAUGCAUCAGAUAUUCAUUUAGUCUUUUUAGAAAAAUUUCUCCACAGAAUGAGGGCUGUGGAUUUGGUCUCCCAUCAGUGAAAGCAACAAUAUUAAUUUCAGAGGGGAGCUUUCUUCAGCCAGUGUGAUCAGAAAAGCCACCAACUGUGCUUUCAGUGUAUAUACACAUAUGUGAAUAUUGUUCUUGGACAGACAAAAAUAAAUGUGAACCUAUCCUUUAUGGAAUUUAA